GUACCUAUCUGUGGCAUUGCAUUGUGUCUUUUGAUUCACAUAUGUUGUCACAUUCCAUUGACUCGUCCCUCUCCUCUCCUCUUGUACUCACGCCUAGUGGUGCUUUAGCCAGAGCUCGCAGCCUCUCAGGCGAGUUUUAAUCAUGUGUGAAGCUCAGUUGAAUCCAGAGCCUCUCCGCUGCCUUUUCACUCUUGCACAAGAUUGAGCUGGUGUCACAUCGCUCCCCUUCUCCCUCCUGUAGUGGGGACUUAAAAAAAAAAGGAGGAAGAAGCAGGAAUAAAAACAGAAACAGACACUUUCCUGCAAGUGUUUUCGAGCAAGCAUAAGGACUUACUGUAGCUGUGCAGAUCCUUACGGAUACAGGAUAGAGGGGCGGCUAGAAAUGCUUCAGCCGACUAAUAAGGGAAGGAAGCCUACAUCAGAGGCAGGGAAAGAAAGUCCAAACUCCAAAUGCUGUUAUUCUGAGAGUGGUGGUGUAACCAAACUUGGAAAUCAUACAAAUAGCAGAUACCCCAAAACGCCCUGCCAUUUGGAUCUGUACUCCGAAGGUCGCCCCAUCCCAUCUACAUCUUCGUCUAGCCUCCUACCAUCCGCACAACUGCCCAGCUCCCAUAAUCCUCCUCCUGUUAGCUGCCAGAUGCCACUGCUAGACAGCAAUACUUCUCAUCAAAUUAUGGACACAAACCCUGAUGAGGAGUUCUCCCCAAACUCAUAUCUGCUCAGAGCAUGCUCAGGCCCACAACAACCGUCCAGCAGUGGUCCAACAAAUCAUCAUAGCCAGUCAACGCUUCGGCCCCCUCUUCCCCCUCCUCACAACCAUACACUGUCUCAUCACCACUCUUCAGCCAACUCCCUCAAUAAGAACUCUUUGACUAACAGACGAAACCAGAUUCAUGCACCGGCUCCAGUUUCUAAUGAUCUGGCCACAACUCCAGAGUCAGUUCAGCUUCAGGACAGCUGGGUACUCAACAGUAAUGUUCCACUGGAGACCAGGCACUUCUUGUUCAAGACAUCAUCUGGAACAACUCCUUUAUUCAGCAGCUCUUCUCCAGGAUAUCCACUGACAUCAGGAACAGUAUACACACCUCCUCCAAGGCUGUUACCCAGAAAUACUUUCUCCAGAAAUGCCUUCAAACUAAAGAAGCCGUCCAAGUAUUGCAGCUGGAAAUGUGCAGCUUUAUCGGCCAUUGCUGCAGCUGUGCUUCUUGCAAUUCUCCUGGCUUAUUUCAUUGCAAUGCAUCUGCUUGGACUGAACUGGCAGCUCCAGCCAGUGGAUGCACAUACAUUCAACAAUGGGAUAAGAACAGACAGAGACGACGUUGCAACAACGCCAUCUGGGCCCACGAAAAACAGCAGCAUAGACAUUGGGGAAGUGGAAAUUGGACGCCGUAUAACGCGGGAAGUACCAGCAGGGGUGUUCUGGAGAUCCCACCUCCAUGUUGUCCAGCCACAAUUCCUAAAAUUUAACAUAUCCUUAGGGAAGGAUGCCUUGUUUGGUGUUUACAUACGGAGAGGUCUACCUCCAUCACAUGCCCAGUAUGACUUCAUGGAACGUUUGGAUGGCAAGGAGAAGUGGAGUGUUGUUGAAGCCCCCAGAGAGCGUCGGAGCAUACAGACAUUGGUGCAGAAUGAGGCUGUGUUUGUCCAGUAUUUAGAUGUUGGGAUAUGGCACUUGGCAUUUUACAAUGAUGGGAAGGACAAAGAAAUUGUAUCUUUCAAUACAGUUGUUUUAGACUCUGUGCAGGACUGUCCUCGAAAUUGUGAUGGGAAUGGCGAAUGUGUAUCUGGGGUUUGUCACUGCUUUCCUGGAUUUCAUGGCGCAGACUGUGCAAAAGCGGCAUGUCCAGUUCUGUGCAGUGGUAAUGGACAGUAUUCCAAAGGCACCUGUAUAUGCUACAGUGGCUGGAAAGGAGCUGAGUGUGAUGUGCCAAGUAGCCAGUGCAUAGACCCUACAUGUAAUGGACAUGGCUCUUGUAUUGAAGGAAACUGUCUAUGCUCUGCAGGGUUCAAGGGAGACAACUGUGAAGAAGUUGACUGCAUUGACCCAACAUGUUCCAACCAUGGAGUCUGUGUAAACAAGGAAUGCCUCUGCAGUCCUGGAUGGGGAGGCCAGAGCUGCGAACUUCCAAGAACUCAGUGUCCAGAUCAAUGCAGUGGGCAUGGCACUUACCUUACUGACACAGGUCUGUGUAGUUGUGAUCCUAACUGGAUGGGUCCGGAUUGCUCUGUUGAGGUAUGCUCAGUGGACUGCGGCACUCACGGUGUUUGUGUUGGUGGAGCAUGUCGCUGCGAGGAAGGGUGGACUGGGGUGGCAUGUGACCAACGUGUUUGUCAUCCUCGCUGUACUGAACAUGGAACAUGCAAAGAUGGAAAAUGUGAAUGCAGAGAGGGCUGGAAUGGGGAGCACUGCACCAUUGAUGGCUGCCCUGAUCUGUGCAAUGGCAAUGGGAGAUGCACACUCGGUCAGAACAGCUGGCAAUGUAUCUGCCAGACCGGCUGGAGAGGGUCUGGAUGCAAUGUUGCCAUGGAAACUUCAUGUGCUGAUAACAAGGAUAAUGAGGGAGAUGGACUUGUGGAUUGUCUGGACCCGGACUGUUGCCUUCAAACAACUUGCCAGUCAAGUUUACUUUGCCGUGGAUCGCGUGAUCCUCUUGAUAUCAUCCAGCAAAGCCAGUCAGGCUCACCAGCAGUAAAGUCGUUUUAUGACCGCAUCAAACUCCUGGUUGGAAAAGACAGUACGCACAUAAUUCCUGGAGAUAAUCCAUUCAACAGCAGCCUUGUCUCACUAAUAAGAGGACAAGUUAUGACCACAGAUGGAACACCAUUGGUUGGCGUCAAUGUAUCUUUUGUGAAAAAUCCAAAAUAUGGCUAUACCAUAACACGUCAAGAUGGCACGUUUGAUUUAAUAGCUAAUGGUGGAGCAUCCCUGACACUUCACUUUGAGAGAGCUCCUUUCAUGAACCAAGAAAGGACGGUUUGGCUUCCAUGGAACAGCUUUUAUGCUAUGGAUACUCUGGCAAUGAAGACAGAGGAAAAUACCAUCCCUAGCUGUGAUUUAAGUGGUUUUGUGAGGCCUGAUCCAGUUAUAAUCUCUUCUCCCUUCUCCACCUUCUUCAGCUCUUCCCCAAGAAGGAAUCCUAUUGUUCCAGAAACACAGGUUCUCCAUGAAGAGAUAGAGAUGCCAGGCUCAAACCUACGACUUUGCUAUUUGAGUUCUCGAACCCCUGGAUACAAGUCCCUGUUAAAAAUCACAAUGACCCAGUCUGUGGUUCCUGUUAAUCUUAUCAAAGUCCAUUUGAUGGUGGCUGUUGAAGGACAUCUGUUCCAGAAGACCUUCCAGGCUUCACCAAAUUUAGCUUAUACAUUUGUCUGGGACAAAAGUGAUGCUUACGGUCAGAGGGUGUAUGGACUGUCAGAUGCUGUAGUGUCUGUAGGCUUUGAGUAUGAAACUUGCCUUGGCCUUAUAUUAUGGGAAAAGAGGACAGCAGCAUUACAAGGGUAUGAGUUGGAUCCCUCGAACCUUGGAGGCUGGUCAUUAGAUAAACACCACAUAUUAAAUGUAAAAAGUGGUAUUCUGCAUAAAGGCAGUGGAGAAAAUCUGUUUCUUUCACAACAACCUGCUGUAAUCAUGAGCAUUAUGGGUAACGGGCGUAGAAGAAGUAUCUCUUGCCCCAGCUGCAAUGGCCUCGCUGAAGGUAACAAGCUUUUGGCUCCGGUGGCUCUUGCAGUUGGAAUUGAUGGAAGCCUCUUCGUGGGAGAUUUUAAUUUCAUACGACGCAUCUUCCCCUCCAGAAAUGUCACCAGUAUUUUGGAACUUCGAAACAAAGAAUUUAAACAUAGCAACAACAUAGCACAUAAAUAUUACCUGGCAGUAGACCCUGUGUCUGGCUCAAUAUAUAUGUCAGAUACCAACAGCCGGAGAAUAUACAAGAUCAAGUCUCUUACAGGGGCACAAGAAAUUGUAACCAAUUUAGAAGUUAUUGCUGGCAAUGGUGAGCAAUGCAUGCCUUUUGAUGAGGCAAGAUGUGGCAAUGGAGGGAAAGCGGUGGAUGCCAUUCUGACUAACCCAAGAGGAAUUGCUGUUGAUAAGCAUGGGCUUAUUUAUUUUGUUGAUGCAACAAUGAUACGAAAAGUUGAUCAGAAUGGAAUCAUUUCUACUCUACUGGGAUCCAAUGACCUUGCUGCAGGGCGACCUUUAAGCUGUGAUUCAAGCAUGGAUAUCACUCAGGUUCGUAUGGAAUGGCCAACAGAUUUAGCAGUUAACCCAAUGGAUAACUCACUCUACGUCCUAGAAAACAAUGUUAUUUUGCGGAUUACAGAAAACCAUCAAGUUAGCAUCAUAGCUGGACGUCCAAUGCAUUGUCAGGUACCUGGUAUAGACUAUUCCUUGAGCAAACUGGCUAUUCAUUCUGCACUUGAAUCUGCCAGUGCAAUAGCUAUCUCCCAUACUGGGAUACUUUACAUUGCAGAAACAAAUGAAAAGAAAAUAAAUAGAAUACGCCAAGUGACGACCAAUGGUGAAAUCUCUCUUUUAGCUGGGGCGGCUUCUGACUGCAACUGCAAAGAUGAUGUCAACUGCAACUGUUAUGCUGGAGAUGAUGGCUAUGCUACUGAUGCAUUUCUAAACUCACCAUCAUCCUUGGCUGUAGCACCCGAUGGUACAGUAUACAUUGCAGACCUUGGAAAUAUACGGAUAAGAGCUGUUGUUCAAAACAGGCCUGUUCUCACUUCAUUUAAUCAGUACGAAAUUGCAUCUCCAGGAGCACAAGAAUUAUAUAUUUUUAACAUCAAUGGAAUUCAUCAGUACACACAGAGCUUGGUCACAGGGGAAUACUUGUUCAAUUUUACUUACAGUGCCGACAAUGAUGUGAUAGAAGUUAUUGACAAUAGUGGCAACUCUUUGAAAAUCCGCAGGGAUUCUAAUGGUACUCCACGUCAUUUACUCAUGCCAGACAAUCAAAUUAUCACCUUGACACUUGGUACCAAUGGAGGACUUAAGAUGGUCUCUACACAAAAUCUGGAAUUGUCCUUAAUGACAUAUGAUGGAAAUACUGGGAUGUUAACAACAAAAAGUGAUGAGACUGGCUGGACAAUGUUUUAUGAUUACGAUAACGAAGGCCGCUUGACCAAUGUAACCCGUCCAACUGGCGUUGUUACCAGUCUCCACAGAGAAAUGGAAAAAUCUAUUACAAUUGACAUAGAAAAUUCCAACCGGGAUGAUGAUGUCACUGUUAUAACCAACCUGUCUUCAGUUGAGGCAUCAUAUACUGUUGUACAAGAUCAAGUGCGUAACAGUUACCAGUUAUGUAGUAAUGGAACCCUGAGAGUCACGUAUGCCAAUGGGAUGGGAAUUAGUUUCCACAGUGAGCCCCAUAUACUGGCUGGCACAGUAACACCUACCAUCGGACGGCGGAAUAUUUCUUUGCCCAUGGAAAACGGGUUGAAUUCAAUUGAAUGGCGGCUACGAAAAGAGCAAACAAAAGGAAAAGUGACUGUCUUUGGGAGGAAACUUCGAGUCCAUGGGAGAAAUUUGCUGUCGAUAGAUUUUGACAGGAACUCGCAUACUGAAAAAAUCUAUGAUGAUCAUCGAAAAUUUACUCUACGCAUAGUCUAUGAUCAACUAGGACGACCACUUCUCUGGCUUCCAAGCAGUGGACUAGCUCCUGUCAAUGUAUCUUAUUUCUUCAAUGGUCGCUUGUCUGGGUUUCAACGUGGGGCCAUGAGUGAACGAACUGAGAUGGACAAACAGGGCAGAAUCAUUUCCCGGUCAUUUGCUGAUGGAAAAACUUGGAGCUAUACUUAUCUAGAAAAGUCAAUGGUGCUUCUUCUUCAAAGUCAACGGCAAUACAUCUUCGAAUAUGAUUCAUCAGAUCGUCUAUACUCUGUAACCAUGCCUAGUGUUGCUCGGCAUAGUAUGUCAACUCAUACGUCAGUUGGAUACAUCAGAAACAUUUAUAAUCCUCCAGAAAGCAAUGCAUCAAUCAUUUUUGACUUUAGUGAAGAUGGCAGACUUUUAAAGACAUCAUUUCUUGGUACUGGUCGACAAGUAUUCUAUAAAUAUGGGAAACUUUCCAAGUUAUCAGAGAUUAUUUAUGACAGCACAGCAGUCACCUUUGGCUAUGAUGAAACAACAGGUGUUUUAAAAAUGGUGAAUCUUCAAAGUGGUGGCUUUUCAUGUACAAUCCGCUAUAGAAAAAUUGGACCUUUAGUGGACAAACAAAUCUACAGGUUUUCUGAAGAAGGCAUGGUGAAUGCUAGAUUUGAUUACACUUAUCAUGACAAUAGUUUUCGAGUUGCUAGCCUUAAGCCUAUAAUAAGUGAAACUCCAUUACCUGUAGAAUUAUACCGAUAUGAUGACAUUUCUGGGAAAAUUGAACACUUUGGCAAAUUUGGAGUGAUUUACUAUGACGUUAAUCAGAUCAUAACUACAGCCGUAAUGACUCUAACAAAACAUUUUGAUACUCAUGGACGAAUUAAAGAAGUCCAAUAUGAAAUAUUUCGAUCACUCAUGUAUUGGAUGACUGUGCAAUAUGAUAGUAUGGGCCGAGUCAUAAAAAGAGAAUUGAAACUUGGUUCCUAUGCCAACACAACAAAGUAUACUUACGAAUAUGAUGGGGAUGGUCAGCUGUUAACUGUUGCUGUCAAUGACAGACAAACAUGGCGUUAUAACUAUGACCUUAAUGGGAAUCUAUAUCUAUUGACUCCAGGGAAUGGCAUACGCCUACUGCCUUUAAGAUACGAUCUCAGAGACAGAAUAACACGUUUGGGGGAUGUGCAAUACAAAAUUGAUGAUGAUGGAUUCUUAAGUCAAAGAGGUGCUGAUAUUUUUGAUUAUAACUCAAAGGGCCAUCUCACUAGAGCAUACAACAAGGUUCUUGGAUGGAAUGUACAAUAUCGAUAUGAUGGACUAGGACGAAGAGCAUCAUGCAAAACUAACCUAGGACUUCAUCUUCAGUUCUUCUAUGCUGAUCUACAUAACCCAACACGGGUUACCCAUGUCUAUAAUCACUCAAACUCAGAAAUAACUUCCUUAUACUAUGACUUGCAAGGCCAUCUAUUUGCAAUGGAAAGCAGUAGUGGGGAAGAAUUUUACAUUGCCUCUGAUAAUACAGGCACACCACUGGCAGCUUUCAGCAUUAAUGGAGUAAUGAUUAAGCAAUUACAGUAUACGCCUUAUGGUGAAGUUUACUUUGAUUCAAAUCCAAACUUCCAGCUUGUUAUUGGUUUUCAUGGGGGACUAUAUGAUCCACUUACAAAGCUAGUACAUUUUGCUCAGAGAGAUUAUGACGUGUUGGCCGGACGCUGGAUAUCUCCAGAUUAUACAAAGUGGAGGAAAAUUGGGCAAGAUCCUGCUCCUUUCAAUUUAUACAUGUUUAAGAACAACAAUCCACUGAGCACUGUAAUGGAUUUAAAAAACUAUGUUACAGAUGUGCAAAGCUGGCUGGUGAUGUUUGGAUUUCAGCUGAGCAACAUAAUUCCUGGCUUCCCCCGAUCCAAAUUACACUUUGUCCCACCCUCCUAUGAGUUGAGAGAGAGUCAAGAAUGUGAAAAUGGACAGCUAAUUACAGGUGUUCAACAGACCACUGAAAGACACAAUCAAGCAUUUAUGGCAUUAGAGGGUCAGACUAUAGUGAAGCGACUGCAUGCAAACAUAAGGGAGAAGCUGGGACACUGGUUUGCCACUACUGGUCCUAUAAUUGGAAAGGGAAUAAUGUUUGCAGUCAAGGAAGGCAAAGUGACAACUGGAAUGUCCAGCAUCGCCAGUGAAGACAGUCGGAAAAUUGCUUUGGUGCUUAAUGGAGCCCACUAUCUGGAAAAAAUGUACUAUAACAUAGAAGGAAAGGACACACAUUGCUUUGUAAAAAUUGGAUCCUCUGACAGUGAUCUAGUCACCUUGGGUUUGACAACAGGUCGCAAAACACUAGACAGUGGAGUUAAUGUUACUGUUUCUCAGCCAACUCUGCUGAUAAAUGGAAGGACUCGCAGGUUUACGAACAUCGAAUUCCAACAUUCCUCGCUAAUUUUAAAUAUUAGAUAUGGAUUAAACGCCGACACCCUAGAUGAAGAAAGAGCAAGAAUUCUAGAUCAAGCACGCCAGCGAGCAAUGGGUGCAGCUUGGGCCAAAGAACAACAAAAAGCAAGAGAUGGAAAAGAAGGUAGUCGCUUAUGGACUGAAGGAGAAAAACAGCAACUUUUAAGCACUGGAAGAGUUCAAGGGUAUGAGGGAUAUUAUGUCCUUCCAGUGGAGCAGUAUCCAGAGCUUGCAGACAGUAGCAGUAACAUCCAGUUCUUAAGACAGAAUGAAAUGGGAAAGAGGUAACAAAUUAAUCUGCUGUCAUCCGUUCCUGGAUGAAUCAGUAGUAACAACUGUUAUCUCCUCUCCUAAGGAGAUGAAGACCUAAAUGGGGCACUAGGCUGCAAUGUUCAAGACAGUUAGGUAGCAAGAAAACUCACAUUUUUAUGAGUUGACUGCUGCUGAAAACCACAAAUUGAAGUGGACUUAAAGCCUGAUUUCAAAUAAAAUACAACUAAACACAAGAGUACCCCUUUGAUAUUACCCACUUCUUCUGGGUCACUGCUAAAAUAAUAAUUAUGGCCUCUGAUCACCUUACUACUUUGACAUGUGAGUAAAGUUUAAAAGAUUUCAAACUGGCCGCCUUUACAAGACCUUUUGCUGAAAACUACUCAGACUGCUUCUUUGAUAAGUAUUCUGACAUUUUGAUUUAGGGAUGCUUACUGCAUUGCUUAAAAAGACUUUGGAGUAAUUUGUAGAAAAAAAAAAACGAAAACAAAGAGCAGAGGAUAGACAUUGAUGAGAAAACAUGGACUUUACUUGCACUCUUAUCCCAAAAUGCUCUGUGACUUAAUUUAUCCAUGAAGUGGGUAGAGUGUGAUGUGUGAGUCAAUUGGAGGCUUCACUACAGUUAAAUUCAUCCUCUUGUUUGUAUUUGAGAAAUUCAUUGUGGACAAUACAGUAUAACACAGUUACAGGGUGUAGUCUGUUUAGAAUCAGUAGUUUGUUGGUAUCGAUUUCAGUAGAGAUGUGGGCAUUGUGACACUACCGCAAAUGGGCACCACUUCUGAUCACCCUGUUCAUAUAAGAAGGCCAGAUGGCACAAUCACUGUUUCAGAUUAAAACUAGAAAUGUGUUUGUUUGGUCAAAACAAUAAACUGAGACAAUCACCUUACAGUCACCACAAAAAAAUGACCUUUGUUUUUUUUGUAAUAUACAUGUAUGAACUGUUCAUUGAGUUUUUAUAUUAUUUUAAUUUGCUGCUAAAUGAAGAUUAGAAACAGGCAAAGAUAAUUUAUGGCAAAGUGUUUAAAUUGUUUAUACAUAAAUAAAGUCUCUAAAACUGUG